UUACUUUGAACUCUAUAUUUCAUGUUUCCUGACAUACCCCCCAAAGAACUGCAAUUAUGCCAGCAAGGCUGUAGGAGCAUUGAACAGUUCUUUCCCAGUUCUUUUGAUUUUUUUUUUGUUGCCUGUCCAUGCAUUCCUGUCCUGUUCAGAGCUAUGUUUUUUUACAUUUUAUUUGUGGUGUGAAUAGUUCUGAGGAUAUUAGAAAAACGUGCUGAAGGUUCACUCUGAGGCAUGGCUAUUUUUGAUAGAAGCUGACACUUUAGACUGAGCUUUAAGUGUUGCUUCUGGAAGGUCUUGGGUUGUUCUGGGAGGAUUCUGCAGAGGAAACAGACAUUUCAGGGAGCAUAAAAGAAGAAGGAACACAAUUAGAAAAAGCAGAGGACCUCCCUCCUUCUCAUCCUGCAGCUCCUGCGAGAGUCAGCAACCCAGAAGUAUUAUCUCAGCUGCCACAGUAAAUCUUGACCUUUUAAACAGAGUAUCUCUUACCAUCAUCAUGGCCGAGAUAACAGCAGAAGGACACAUGUCUACAACCACGACGAUAAUCGAUGGCAAGAACGGAUCCGUUCCUUCGUCACCCAUGAAAGUGGGCAAGAAGUCAGUGACAGAAGACCUUGUGACAACGUUCAGCUCACCAGCUGCAUGGCUUCUUGUUGUUGCUCUGAUUGUUACCUGGUCAGCAGUAGCUAUUGUAAUGUUUGACUUGGUGGAUUACAAAACCUUAGCAGGCAUAGCCACCUACUCACAACAUUGUGAUGAUCCCUGUUCCCCACCUGGAAGAUCUGUUCACAAGCUCAGCACAGAACCACUGAGAAUCAUUCAUGAGACACUGGAAGAGUCUUCUGAUUGGAUUUAUGGCUUUUUUUCUUUACUGUCUGACAUCGUAUGGAGUGAUGAUGAUGACAGUGAUGAAGGUGAAGUAGAACCUUCCCUGAAAAAAGAAAUUCAAAAAGAGAAAAUGGAGAGACCUGAAAAACGAACACCAGCAAAGGCAACACACCGAGACAAACCUGAAAAACAAGAAAAAACUGAGAAGAAGGAACCCCCAAAGGUGACAAGUAAAGACAAAGUGGAAAGACAAGAAAAACCUGAAAAAAAGGAAAGGCAUGCAGCUGUUCACAAAGAGAAACCUGAAAAGCCAGAAAAACAAGAAAAGAAAGCACCAUCUAAAGUAAGUCAAAAAGAUGCACCUGAAAGACAUGAAAAAGCUGAAAAGAAACCUCCUCCCAAAGAGGAGAAGAAAGUAAAGAGCACUAAAGUGGAAGCAAAAGUUAAAAAGGAAGUGAAGGAUGGAAAAGGAGAAGCAAAGACGGCAGAGAAGGUCAAGAAGGCAGAGACAAAAGCAACAGAAACUGGGCUAAUAAAGGCCAAAACGAAAGUAAAGGAGGAGAAAGCUCUUCAGACUGUAACUAAAUCGGACAAGAAAGAUCAAUAUGCAUUCUGUCGCUAUGUGAUUGACAUGUUUGCGCAAGGGGAUUUUUAUCCAGGUGCAGGACAUAAGGAAUUCGUACCACCUCGUCUGCUUCUAGAACACAGUCCAAGAAAGAAACCAGCAGCUAUUGAAGAAGAAAAGUCUAUUGUGGUACCUAAAGAAGUGAAAAAGAGAAAAGAGGAAAAGAAAAAGAGUGAUGAAAAGAAGACUACGACUGAAACUAAGAUGAAAGAAAAAACAGGAAAAAAGGAGAAAGCUCAUGAGAAGACAGCUGUCCCUGAAAUUAAAAAAGCAGAUAAAAAAGAAGCUGUUGUAUCCAAAGAACUCAAAAAGCCAGCAAAAGCUCCUGCAGCCAACCCUGCCAUCAAAAAAGCAGCAGCACCAGAACAACAUAAAAAAGAAAAAGUAAUGGAAUCUGGCAAAGCACCAAAGAAAGAAGCAAAAGUACAUGCAUCUGUGGAAACUCCAAAGUCAAAAGCAGGACUUGAAAAAAAAGAAGGAAAAGCAACAAAGGCAGCAGUGCAAGAUAAACCAAAGAUGAAACAAGGAAAUCCUGGAAAAGAGAAAGAAUCAAAAUCUCCAGCUGCCACAAAGGAUAAAGAACAUGAGAAAGAAAAGGAAGGAAAGAAUCCUACAUCUUUAAAAGAAAAAGAUUCCCUGAAAGGAAAAAAUCCCAGGAAUCCAGAGAUCUUAAGAGAAAAAGAGGCUGGUAAAAGAAAAGAUGUGAAGCCUCCAGCAGCCUUAAAGGAGAAAGACUCUUCAAAACGAAAAGAAAUUAAGGCUUCAACUAAUCCUAAGGAAAAAGCUGCAGUGAAAAAGGAGGGGGAGAAGAAAGCUACCUCAGAAAACCCUCAUGAGCACAAGCAUGAACGUGUUAAACGUGAAAAAGCUGUCUCUCAGACUAAGCCAGAGGAGAAAAUGAAACAACAAAAGGCAACUCCCACUGAGAAGUCAGCCCAGGCAAAGACAGCAAAGCAUGAAGCAGUCAGACAUGAAAAAGAUGUUCCCCUUACAAAACCAGUCAAACCAAAAAACACUGCAAAGCCAACAGCUGAAAUCCCAACAUCAGCCACAAGAAAAACAAAGACAACUAAGGAAAAAGAAGAGAAAACAACUGAGAAGAAACAGCUGAAAGAUGAAAAAACUAAAGUAAAAGAAGAUCCACGACAUCAAAAUGUGACAUCAGGAAAAGACCAAGUCCAAAACCAUUUAAGGAACCUGGAGGUGCACAAGUCCAUGGGACCUGUCAAGAUACAGCCAUGGGUACUGAAAGAACUGGCUGAGGAAGUGGCUAUGCCACUACCCAGUAUAUUUGAGAAGUCAUGGCAAUCUGGUCGAGUUCCCACUGAAUGGAAAAGUGGAAAUAUAAUACCCUUUUUUAAAAAGGCAGAUAAGGAAGAACUAGGGAACGACAGGUCAGUCAGUCUCCCCUCAAUGUCUGACAAGAUCAUGGAGCAGCUCCUCCUGGAAACUCUGCUAAGGAACACAGAAAACAAUGAGAUGAUUGCUGGCAGCCAGCAUGGCAUCACUAAAGCCAAAUCAUGCCUGACAAAUUUCUUGGCUGUCUACCAUAGUGUUACAGCAGUGGUGGAUGAGGGAAGGGCAACAGGGAUCAUCUCCCUGGACUUGAACAAAGACACUGUCCCUCGUGACAUCUAUGUCUCUAAAAUGGAGAGACGUGGAUCUGACAGCUGGGCCACUGGCUGGAUAAAGAACUGGCUGGAUGAUCAUGCUCAAAAUGUUGAAGUCAGUGGUGCCAUGUCCAAAUGGAAAGCGGUGCCAAGAGGUGUUCCCCAGGGAACAGUGUUGGGACUGGUGCUUUUUAACAUCCUCAUUGGUGACAUGGACAGUGGGUUUCAGUGCACCCUCAGUGAGUUCACCCAUGACACCCAGAUGUGUGAGGCAGUCAACACGCUGGAGGGAAGGAAUAACACCCAGAGGGACCUUGUCAGGUUUGAGAGGUGGGCCCAGGUCAUCCUGAUGAAGUUCAACAAUGCCAAGUGCGAGGUGCUGCACCUGGUUUGGCGCAGUCCCAAAACCAAUUUUAGGCUGGGCAGAGAAUGGAAAGAGACUAGCCCUGGGGAGAAGGACUUAGGGCUGCUGGUAGAAGAAAAGCUGGACAUGACUCAGCAGUGUGUGCUGGCAGUGAAGAAAGACAUCUGUAUCCUGGGCUGCAUCAAAAGCAGAGUGGUCAGCACAUCAAAGGAAAUGAUUGUGUCCCUCUACUCUGCCCUGGUGAGACCCCACCUGGACUACUGUGUUCAGGACUGGGAACCCCAGCACAAGAAAGAUGUUGAAAUGUUGGAGCAAGUCCAGAAGGGAGUUAUUAAGUUGACCCCAGGGCUGGAGCACAUCUCCUAUGAGAAUAGGUUGAGAGAGAUGGGGCAGUUCAGCCUGGAGAACAGAAGGCUUCGGGGGUACUUAAUAACAGCCUUCCAGUAUGUAAAGGGGACCUGCAAGAGAGCUAAAGAAGGACUUCUUACAACAGCAUGUGGUGACAGGACAAGAGAGAAUGGCUUUAAGCUGAAGGAGGUUGGAUUUAGUUUAGAUAUUAGAGAGAAAGUUUUUACUGUGAGGGUGGUGAGGCUCUGGAACAGGUUGCCCAGAGAGGUUGUGGACUCUCCAUCCCUGGAGGUGUUCAAGGCUAGGUUGGACAAGGUUUUGAGAUACCUGCUGUAGUGGAAGAUGUCCCUGACCAUGGCAGGAUGGCUGGAACUAGAUUAUCUUUAAGGUCCCUUCCAACCCUAACCAUUCUAUCACUCUGUAAUUCUAAAGGAUACUCUGCCAACAGGCAAACUUCUUCCCAGAUUUGAUUGUACCUGAGAUGUUCCGUUAAUUUUCUUUCAGAAUACUUAAUGGUAAUAAGCAUGCCCAUGUCUUAAACCUUAAGGGUUUGUCUCAGUCACCAAUAAAAUUGCAUUAGAUAGUAUGGCUGGUGGCUGAAACAGCAAACCGCUGAAUUUGGGUAGUAACAGAGGUAAUAGGAAGUUUCUUUCUGUUAAGUGUGCUAUUUGCUUUCAUAAUUCUAAAAUUCUUUUCAUUUUUUGUGCUAAAUUUUUCUCAGGAAUUAAUUUGUUCUCCCAAUAAUCCCAUGUUAAGCUCCAGCUAGAAGAAGAAAGCAAUCUUUUUUGAAAGUGAAUCAUCAAACUGAAAAAUUUUAGCUGUGGUAAAGAAAAACAGAAACAUUUAAUUCACCUGCUUUUUUAAUUGUAAAAAGGAGUAUCACAAAAUUAGGUCUCCUUAGUUUUGAUCCUGUCAAAGAAAUGGGAAAAUAAAGCUGCUAACAUUAGUACUCCAGCCAUAAUUUCCAACUGAAUCACAAAGAUAUAAAUAUGCAUUUAUCAUGCAACCCACCUCCUGAGGGGUUUCUUUUCCUUCAGAAAAGAUGCAAAGGAGAUGUCUUGAACACCAUGUUGUUAAAUUAAAGCUUAAAAGUAGCAUUUCAGUGAAGAAAAGGCAACAUGAAGACAACUCGAUGAGAACCUUCCACGUGCCUCUCCAAACUGCAUCUUCCUGCCAAAGUCACACAGCCAGACUUUCCCAAAACAGCUGAGUCUCCUUUGCUUUGAUGUGUGUGUGUACGAGUCUGCCUUGAGAAAAUCUGAAUAAAUCACUGCUGCUUGA